GCAUUUUAAAUAGACAUUUAAAAACAAGACAAAAUACUUAAAGAAACAAAGUGUUCUGAAGGGGCCUUGUUAGUAGUAUUAAAUCUUUGAAGCGCCCUCUGGGACUGAGGAUGUGUACUAGGAUAGUACUAUUGCGACCUGUAAUACCGAUAAUAAAACGUCAAUGUCAAAAAUCGCCGGUCUGCUGUUUACGUGUUGACAUUUCCCACGACUGAUUAAAAUUUCAAUUUACAGUAAAACCAACGAAUACUUCUUUGCCAUUCCAAUGAAAAGUUAACGCCGAAACUUGCGCGAUCCAGAUUAUCACCAACAAUCAUUCAUAAAAUGGUUUUUAUGCGACUAUAUUUAAGUAGGAAAUCACGGACGAUUAGACUAGCUUUUGGCAUAUUAAUCCUCAUUGUCAUCCUUUACUUGCUAGCCUCGUAUAAUAAGACAGAUGGCUACGAUUUGGAGUCGCCCGUCGCUGCCCGAUUGUCACACAAAGAGCGCCCCAAAUUAGUCUCAGGUUUGGGUAAUUUCGAACCCAAGGACGCCGAAGAACACGAAGGCCCCGGCGAAGGCGGAAAACCCCAUCACUUGCGCCAAGAUCAACAAAACGAUGCCGAUCAAUCUGAAUCUGAAUAUGGGAUGAACGUCGCUUGUUCUGACGAAAUUUCCCUCGACCGGACUAUUUUAGACACUCGAUUGUCCGAAUGUAAACAUUGGGACUACCCAGAGAUUCUCCCCUCAACCAGCGUAAUUAUAGUUUUUCACAAUGAGGGCUGGUCUGUCCUCCUCAGAACAGUCCACUCCGUCAUAAACCGCUCACCUCCCAACAUCCUCAAAGAAGUCCUCCUUGUGGACGAUUUCAGUGACAAAGAAAACCUCAAAAGUCGCCUCGAGACCUACAUUGAACGUUUCAAUGGCAAAGUCCGCUUAAUCCGCAACACUCAACGUGAGGGCCUCAUCCGUACACGUUCGCGUGGAGCCAAGGAAGCAACAGGAGAAGUCAUUGUAUUUUUAGACGCACAUUGUGAAGUUAACACAAACUGGCUUCCGCCACUUCUAGCCCCCAUUUACCGCGAUCGGACUGUUAUGACAGUCCCUGUAAUUGACGGAAUUGACCAUAAAACAUUCGAAUAUCGGCCGGUGUAUGGCGAAGAUCGGCAUUUUAGAGGUAUUUUCGAAUGGGGGAUGCUCUACAAAGAGAAUGAAGUGCCUCAAAGGGAGCUCAGCACACGGAAACAUAACAGCGAGCCGUACAAGAGUCCUACACAUGCUGGGGGACUGUUUGCCAUCAACAGAGAAUAUUUCCUUGAAUUGGGGGCUUACGACCCGGGCUUGUUAGUCUGGGGUGGGGAGAAUUUCGAAUUGAGUUUCAAGAUUUGGCAAUGUGGAGGGAGUAUCGAAUGGGUGCCGUGUUCCCGAGUCGGGCAUGUCUAUAGGAGUUUCAUGCCUUAUAAUUUCGGAAAGUUGGCUCAGAAAAAGAAAGGACCUCUUAUUACCAUAAAUUACAAGCGAGUUAUAGAAACUUGGUUUGAUGACAAGUAUAAGGAGUAUUUUUACACGCGGGAGCCRAUGGCCCGGUUUCUCGAUAUGGGMGAUAUUAGUGAGCAYCUAGCGUUGAAGAAACGUCUCAAUUGUAAAAAUUUUCAAUGGUUUAUGGAAAAUGUCGCUUAUGACGUGUUGGAUAAGUAUCCAGAGUUGCCUCCCAAUAUCCAUUUCGGGGAACUUCGUUCCGUUGCCGUUAGUAAAUGUUUGGAUACUCUAGGCCACGCUCCUCCGUCCCUAAUGGCGAUACAACACUGCCACGGUUUUGGAAAUAAUCAGUUGAUUCGGCUAAACGCCAAGGGUCAGUUGGGGGUAGGCGAGAGGUGUAUCGAAGCCGACGCCCAAGGGAUCAAGUUGGCGUUUUGUCGGAUGGGCACAGUCGAUGGGCCAUGGUUGUAUGACGAAAACACCCAUACGAUACUACAUAGGGUACACAAGAAAUGUAUAGCUUUACAUCCACAAACAUCACAUCUUUCAUUAAUGCCGUGUGAUAUUAACAAUGCCUACCAACAAUGGAUUUUUAAAGAAAUUAGACCCAAGUGGUAGAGGGAUGUUGUACUACUUCCAGAUUUUUAACUUUCACUGUUUUUAUUUUUUACAUAUCAUCGAUUCAUCUGCAAUAAGUACUUACUUUUUUGAUCAAUCAUAAUGUGCCUUAUAUCAUAAACGUAAUAAAUCACUAGGACGUGUAAAUAAUUUUGUAAGGAUGUUUUAUAUUUAUGUAAAUCGGGACUGGUUGACUAGUUAAAAAAUUGUAUCUCGUAGUUAUUUAUUAAAAAAUAUCAUUGGUUUUCAAGUUGUGUUAAAUUUUGUAAUACGAUAAAAGUAGGUGCUUGUAAACUAUCUUGUUGUUUUUGUACAUAAAUGAAAUACAUAGACAAAACAUUU